GUGUGUGUAUGUGUGUGUGUGCAGCGAGAGCAGGAAAGAGAGAAAGAGAGAGAGAUAAGGGGAAACUGUAAAUUUGGUGCCCAGGCUUCCCAGUGCGCACUCAUCUCUCGUCGGCUGCACCGUCCGAGCAGCUCUCCGCUCCGCAGGAUGAGUUCGUUCAGUACGAGGGCUCUGACGCUGCUCUCGUCGGUUUUCGGGGCCUGUGGUUUGCUGUUGGUGGGUGUUGCCGUGUCAACAGACUACUGGCUGCUGAUGGAGGAGGGAAUCGUUCUGCAGCAAAACCAGACCACUGAGGUCAAGAUGGCGCUGCACUCUGGCCUUUGGAGGGUCUGCUUUGUUGCAGGACCAGAGAAGGGCAGAUGCGUGGCGUCAGAGUAUUUCACCGAGCCGGAGAUAGAGAUCACAACAGAAAAUACAGCCAACAUACUCAAAAUGGUCCGAACUGCUACUCCCUUCCCCAUGGUCUCCCUGCUCUUCGUCUUCACCGCCUUUGUCAUCAGCAACAUCGGACACAUCCGGCCGCAGCGCACCAUCCUCGCCUUUGUUUCUGGAAUAUUCUUCAUACUGUCAGGUCUCAGUCUGGUGGUUGGUCUGGUCCUGUAUAUCUCCAGUAUUAAUGACGAGGUGAUGAACCGACCCAGGGAGCCAGAGCAGUUCUUCCACUACCGCUAUGGCUGGUCCUUCGCCUUUGCUGCCUCCUCCUUCCUGCUUAAAGAGGGUGCAGGAGUGAUGUCCGUCUAUCUCUUCAUGAAGCGUUAUGCCGAGGAGGAGCUGUACAGGCCUCAUCCCGCCCUCUACCGACCCCGCAUGUCCGAAUGCAGUGACUACAGCGGCCAGUUCCUCCAUCCAGACUCUUGGCCUCCACCACAGCGUGGCCGUAGCGCCUCUGACGUCUCCUCUGACAUCUCCAUCCAGCUCAACCAGACCCCACCUUCGCAGGCACAACCCAAGGGGGGGAGCAGCUCCCAGCCUACACCCUCUUCCUCUGGGCCUUCAUCAGCAGCCAGCUACCAGCUCCAGCCGGCCUCCUCCUCAUCCACCUCCUCCUCUUACCCACAUCCCCUCCACCUGGCCGCCACCUCCACCCUACCCAGGGCAUCCCACGGCCACGGCCACCCUCAGCCCCAUCCCCAUCCAAGCGGGCCCCCGCCUCAGUCAAUGCCCAUGGGGGCACCACCCUCAGCUGUGCCUCCUCCUCGCUAUCACACGCACAUGCGAAUGAGCGCUUCACCAUGCUAGGCUACAUACGCAGAAAAGGGGGGGGGGACACAACUGGGGGGAUUAGAUUGGCUCUGUUACAGCUCUUAAACACCACAAGACAACAUACACAAACACACAAACACAAAUCGUGUAUCCUUGAAGCGUGUGGGAGGAGGCAUGCAGCAGAGUGGAUGAAGGAGUGAGGUUUAAGGAGAUCAAAAAGAGGAAAGAAGAGGAAAGAAAAGAGGGAAGGAGGGGAGGAGAAGUAGGUGGGUGGUGGGGAUGACUCACUGCUGAUGCCAAGCCCGAGACGGAGACAGACACUUAACAAAACUUUUAACAUGCUGGGAGGGAACAUGGGAGGGGAGGAGUGAGGGAUAUGAUGAUUAGUAGCAACAAGAUGUUUGUGGGGUUUCUGAUGGGUACAUUCAUCAUCAGGGCUGUGAUACACAGGCAACAGGGUGAAGCAGCACAGGAAACAGGAAGCUGAAUCAUUUCAUAAACUCCACUGACAAAAAGAACAAACAGUUAAACUGUAUAUCGGGCAAUAGAUGUUUUAUAUUUUCAUUAAACAAGGACUAAGAAUACCUGCUUGAAAAACAUUCAAAAAAAUAUCUGACAGCUUUUUUGUAAUUCCAUGAACAUGGUUGGGAAACUUACCUCAUUAUCUCUUAAUUACUUUGUCAAUAGAUGUUGAAACCAUGAGAGCAACCCAUAUGAAUAAGACAGAAGUAUUAAUUAAAAGAUAGACUGCUGUUUCUGUGGCUUUUGUGUACAAGAAUGAGUCAACCCAAUCACCAGAAUAAAUGCUGGCAUUGUACUUUUCUGCAUGAAUAUGUUACAUUUGCACAUUAUUAUGUAUGCUUUGGUUAAUGUGUGUUAUGUAAAGGCACAAAGAUCACUUGGUUAUAGUUAGAUAAACAUCAUGUUUUGGCUUUAAAUACCCAGUUUUGGUGGCACUAUCCUGGCUGGAAACACAGCACUGUCUCAGUAAAAACAAUCACUUUUCAUGGUAAUAUUUGGUCAAAAACAAUGUCCUUUUGUGGCAACAGCAAUGACAUGUUAAAAAAAAGACCUGGUUUUGUUGUUUGUUGGUCUUGAACAGUGGUCUGCAGCUUGGUUAGGCAUCUUGUCUAGGUGUCACGCCAUCCACUUUCACCUCGGCUUCCCACAAUGUAUCCUUAUACAACAGUUUGUACGAUAUCUUAUGAAUGGUUUGUAUGAUAUCUAACAAAUUAGCACCCAACAAAUUAGCCUCCCCACUGGUUAGCUUGGGUUUAGAAAAAGAAUCAUGGUUGGGCAUCAUCACGUUACGUACUUAAAGUUACAUACAUGGUUGGUUCAUUUGGUUUCACACAGGACACAAACCCCUGUCUCCUGAGGGAAAGUACUGUAUUUGUUUCGUCCAUCCACCUCCUCAACCUUCGUAUUUUGCUCUUUAUACUACUUCCUUCCUUUCUCACUUCAGCACAUUUGUUGCAUGAUCACAGCCUUUAUGAUUACUUGGGUUAUAUAUACAUUCUAGUGAAUUACUUUUAGGUAGGCACACAUACAAAUUCAUCCUCAUGCAGCAGUUUGUAUGAUAGCCUACAAAUUAGCACCGGGGAAUUACGUUACAUCCUUAACGUACAGUUACAUAAUUAAAUAUAAAGUUAUGAAGGUUAGGUCUGGGCAAGUAAAGUUAAGCACUUUAAUCACGUGAUUGCAAACUUCCCAUAUAUGUGGGUUAUGCAUGAAUUUUGGUGCAUUACUUUUCAUGGGAAAAUGUAUGAAGACUACAUGAGAAGAGCCUGCCUUCCAAUGCCAAAGUCAGCUUAUAUACUACAUCACUUUAAAAACAUUGAUAUGAUAUGUAUAAAAAGUACAAAUGUAACAUAUCAAUGUUUUAUAGAAACAUACAGUGCCUACAUUUUCUUCUUGUGACUGGACUGAAAGAGCAUAGUUGAUGGAUAAAAAAACAAAAACACCUGCCAAUAUACAGCACAGAUACCAAAUCUAUAAUCAAACAACAAUCAGUACCAUCACAUUUUAAUGUGCUCAAAUUUAAAUUGUUUAUUCACUUCAUUUUAUUCAUUUAUAAAUGUUGUGUAAGAAAACAUUAUUGUAGUUGAAAACAUAUCAAGAUUUUACUUUUAGCCCAUGUUUCCCAACAUUGUGUGAGUGUAACUUAUGGCUUAAUUAGUAACAAUUACAUUAUCGUCAAAUCGCCAUAUUUAUUUCAAGAUUAAAACUUGACAUCAUGUAUAAGUUCCCAACCCUGUUCAUGAAAAACUGUGUUUAAAAAAUAACUGGAAAAAUGCUAAUAUUAUAAAGAAUGUCCAUGUUAUUAAUAAUCAACAUUGCUUACAACUGUUGCUCAUGUACGGUGACCUACAAACACAACUAUUGUAUACACAAUCAGAGGUUAACUGUAUAUGCAUAGAGGUUAAUACUUCAGCUGUAUAGAAAUUCUUCCUCCUCCUCAUGCUUAAACAAAUAUUACAAAACCUUAAUCCCGAACGUUGACCAUGGGGUGUAAAUAUCACAGUAUGUUUUAGGUGUUUUAGCUAUUGAAUUUUCUAAGCUGUUUGUACUUUGAGAGGGAAGCUUUGGGGAUGAAUGUUCAACAUUUUGUGGGAUGAAAUUUAAGACUAAAUUGAGAGACUUUAUAAAGUGCCGAGCGCAGUUGGAAAGCUUCUGUUGGAGCUUUAGGAGGUUUCUGCAACGUAAGCACUGACCAAACAGAGACUGUCUGUUUCCACGGUGAUCACCAGUACAAUCAAAAUGGCUGCCUUGGAGAUGCUGUUGGAAGUGAGAAUUAAAUUUCUUAGGUUUGUACAUAUUGAUAUAAGAAACCAGACCUCUUAAAGCCAGGUUCAGAUGGCACUUCAUUUGAAUCCAUUCAGUUGAUAUUUUAUAGCUUAGCUAAUUUCCAACAUGGACGUUAUUUCCAACAGUUCAGAAUAAUUCCUUUUUUUGUUUUUGUUUAUUUGAAUGACUUCCUGAAUUGACAGAUUUAAAAUGGAGACCAACUCUUCCUGGUUUUACAUAAGAAUAGGCUAUAUGAGGUUUAUAUAAAGAAUAGAUGGAAAUAUAGGAAUGGCACUUUGAUGAACACGAGCUUACAUGGGAAACAAACUAAAAACCUGAGUAUACUGUGACAGAUGUCUUUGCAUUCCAAUUUAUCACCUGGUUUAAUCAUUUAGUAAGGUCAGUAGCUCAGUUGCCAUUAGUUCAAGUAAGAGGUUGUUUUUUUUUUCUCAAAUAUCUUUUGGGUGCAGACAAUUCCUUAUCACAUUUACUUCAGAGGCAAAAGACCCUUUGUCUGGUGAUAAGCUGAAAGAUUACUUCAAGAAAUGUACUAUUUGAUUAAAAUCCCUGAGUUUGGCCAAUUGGAGCAGGGCUGGUGCAAGGAAAAGUUUGGUCACUCUUCAGUGUCUGAUGAGCCAAUGAAAACUUUUCAAGACCGUGGUUAGAUUAAUCCACUACAGGGCCCCAGGUAAAAUUAUAUUACAGACCCCUGGUUUGCCCUAGGAAGUGAUGUCUAUGUUUAACUAGUGAUGGCCAAAUGAAGCCUCAUGAAGCAUUUUCUUUAUUUUAUGAGCCCACUAGAU